GGUCUGAUGCAUUAGGUUAUGUCUGACUUUAUAUAUCAUUUGUGGUGCAUGUAGUUAGGCAGGGAUAUGUAUUUAGUUAGCAGUUAUUUAUAAUAAUUUGUAUGUUAAACAAUAAAUGCUAGGACAAAUGUAAUAAGAAUAAAGAUAAUUAUACGGUUUAUAAUUAUAAGGUUUUAGAAAUUAACAGUGUAAAAUUGAGAUUUGUAUUUAUAGUUUUAGGAAUAAUAGCAGAUUUUUAAGGUGCUGUUUCUGUUGCAGGCGACAUCUCAGAAUUUUUUUAAAUCUGUUUGGCAAUACAUGCUUAAUUGGUAUUUGAUUUUAAAUGGUCCAUAUAAGCCAAUAUCAGAGUUGACAUUCUCAUUUUAUAAUAUUGCAGUUCUGCCCAAAGUACUUGAUUUAGCAUUGAUGUCUGCCUCUUACGGUAUUUUUAUGCUGUCUAACUGCUACCACUCUUUGUCCCAGAUUAUGUGCAGUUCCAGUUCAAAGCUUGAACUCUAAACAUACUUUAUUUUGUAACAAAAAUGAUUUGUUUAGCAAUAUUUCCCAAUGUCACAUGGGGAUCUUGUCACUUUCAGAUAUUCAUCAUAUACAGUUUUUAUUCAGCUGUGAGCACUUAAUUUUCAAAUAUGGCUGAAGUGAUUAUUAGUUUAAUUCUGAUGGCAAUGGAUCUCUGGUUUGCUUCCAUUCUGUCCACUUUGUAUUCUGUUAGCUGUUUUUUGUUGGUUCCAUGCAUUUGUCUGAUUCUGAUCAUUUUUCUCUUUCACCAAAAACAAGUUAAGCUUGCUAGGGACAGUUCAAAAGGCACCGCUGUUGUGAUUGCAGACAGACAUUGUGGACCUGGAUAUAUGUUUGCUAAACAGCUGGACAAAAUGGGAUUCACUGUGUUUGCUGCUUUCCAUGAAGAAAAGUUAAAAAAUGAAAAAAUAAACUUUUCAAGCAAGUUUACGGUUAUCAAGCUUGACAUUACUCAGGAUGAGUAUGAAAAAAAUGUGAAGCGUUUCAUUAAACAGAGUUUAUGCCGAAAAGAUGUGUAUGGGUCAAUUACCAACCCUGAAAUUAUUCUGUUGAUUGAAAACAAAGUGUCUCCAGAUCUAUGUAAAUCAGGAAAUAAAACAUUUUGGAAGAGUCCAAAGUCAGCUUUGCUCCUACUAAUCAGAAAAAUAAAAGGUAACAUGCAUUUUCCUUUCUACUUUGUGAAUACAAUCAUGAGCCCUGCUCACAUCAUGUACUCCCUCAGCAAGAGAACACUAAGCUUGAUUUGGAGAAAUGUUAGACUUUGAAGUAUUUCAUCAGUAAGCAGUGGUUUUAGAGCAAGUGUCAUUAAUAGUGUCUUCUGAGCUAUGAGAAAACAGUGUCCAGUUAUUGUAUAAUAAAGAGUCAUUGUGGUAGUACAGAUAAACCAUAAAACAGUUACUGUGAUACAGUAAAUGCCUAUAGCUAGCAUUGUUGUUUUGCACGUAAAAUGUAUAUCUUGAUUGAUUAACUGCCAUAGUUGCACAUUUAUUUAUUCAUAGUCCUCCUUAAAAAGAAUGUGCAUAGGCUUUUAUUGGCUGGUUUAGUUACAUUCCUCUGGAAACAUUGUCCUUCUGGAGCAAACGACAGCUACGUUGCGCAACAUCAGUGUAAGAGCCCCACCCCUCUUUUUGUACUCUUUUGUUUUUAAUGUUUCUUGUAAAUAGUUAAUAUAUCUGCUUUUAUCUUAUCAGUCUAGAAUAUAACAUGUGCCUCUCUUUUGUUUAAAACAUGUUAAAGGGAAUUGCUCAUAUUUUCUGCUCAGCCCUAAUUUAAUGUAGCUCAAUAAAUAUGUGAUGGCGAAUGGAUGCUUGUCUCUGUGAAGCAGAAUCUGAUUUGCUGCUGCUGUCUUAAAGCUGUGCUACCAUAGGCUCAUCUUUCAUUUUUCAACAAUAAAAAAAAAACUGACUCCAUGGACUGCUCACAGUACUAUCCUCCCGGCUGGCUUGUUUCAAUUCACUGACAUUGACAUCACCUAAAGCAACAAUG